AUGGCUUCUGGUUUCGGUUUCACAGGUGGACGGUCACGCUGCUUCACACAUUGGCAAGAGUUCCAAAAAUGUUACGCACAAGCUGAUUCAACCAGCGAAUGUGUUACACAAAAAGAUGAUUAUAUGGAAUGUCUACAUCACAAGAAAGAGAUCGAACGUAUGAAGACGAUCAGAGAUACUUUCUUGGCCCGUCAAGCAAAAGAAGCAUCAGAGAAUAGAGCAAAAGGAGAAGUGAGAGCAACCAGUAGUGUUUUACGGCUGGGAAUUAUUGGACAGGCUGAUGAAGGAGGCAGUGGGGAUAAAGGUGGAAAGGAAUCUUCCGAAUCUGGUUCUUCGAGCGAAGGAGGAAGUGACAAAUGA